ACGGAGAAGAAGAAACCCAAGGAGCGGCGCCCAUACCUCGCCUCCGAGUGCCGCGACUUGGCGGAGGCGGACAAGUGGCGCCAGCAAAUUAUGCGGGAAAUAGGUCGUAAAGUGGCUGAAAUCCAGAACGAAGGUCUCGGCGAGCAUCGCCUCCGCGACCUGAACGAUGAGAUCAACAAAUUGAUUCGAGAGAAGACGCAUUGGGAACGGCGUAUUGUGGAGCUAGGUGGACCGAACUAUACGAAGCAUUCGGCGAAGAUGACUGAUUUGGAUGGUAAUAUUGUAGAUGUGCCCAAUCCCGGGGGUAGGGGGCCGGGGUACAGGUACUUUGGUGCGGCGAAGAAGUUGCCUGGUGUCAGGGAGUUGUUCGAGAAGCCACCCGAGUUGCGGAAGAGGCGCACAAGGUACGAUAUAUACAAACGAAUCGAUGCAAGUUAUUACGGUUAUAGGGAUGACGAGGAUGGAAUAUUGGAGAAACUAGAAGGACCCGCAGAGCAGAAGAUGAGGGCUGCAGCUCUGGCAGAUUGGAUGGAGAUGGAGAAGAUAAAGAAGGAAGCAAGGAGGGCUGUAAAGAGUGGGGAGGUGGCAGAGGUGGGUGCUGCAUCAAAGAUUCUAUUUGAAGAGGAAGAGGAUGUGGUGGAGGAAGAAAGGAGAAAGGAAAGGGAGAGAGAGGAAAAGGAGAAGGAAAAGGAAUUUGUUGCACAUGUGCCACUGCCAGAUGAGGAGGAGAUAAAGAAGAAGGUGCUUGAGAAAAAGAAGCAGGAAAUGUUAAGCAAAUAUACAAGCAAUGAGUUGUUGGAGGAUCUAAUUGAAGCAAAGACCUUGCUUAAUAUUCAGCAUUAGAUGGAUGACAAGAUUGUGAAACCAAGAAUGACACAUCUAAAAGUGUCGAUGCAAUGGCGCAACUUCUCCAUGUAGUACUCAUGAGGCACAGCAUGACGGCAAGAGUAGAGGAAUGUGAUAAUGUAGAUCUUAUUCUUGCAGGCUGUGAAGACGGUGCACCACAAACAUGGCAUGCGAGGGUUGCAGGCACUAAAAAUGUUCAUGCACCUGUCAAUGAAUUCAAAUUUUGUGUAUGUAAUGAAACCCAUAGUAGCCUGAUAAUGGAUGCCGUUGUGAUAGUGAAUCUGUAAUCUGGUAUGCACAAGACAAGAUAUGAUUGGUGAAACUACUGUGCAUCCUAUCGACUGGCCUUUCAGUUUCACCUUCCCAAUUGUGACUCAAGGGGGAUAAGCCAUUAUCCUUUCUCCGGAUUCUAUCUUAUCAGAUAUAAAAUAUAUCAUAUGGUUAUCCUUGUGGGAUUUGGAAGAA